AUGCAUUCAACCACCGCUCUCAUCGCAGCCCUGGCUGCUGUUUCCCUGCCUCAAUCUCAGGCAAAGCCCAUUGAGGCCCGCCAGCUCGGCGGUCUCGGUGCUGCUAUCGGCGGCACUGUCGACUCUGCUGCUGGCAGCGGCAAUACCGGCGGCACUGUUGGCAGCAUUCUCGACACUACUGUCAGCGGCACUACCGACUCGACCGUCGACACUCUCAACAACGCUGUCGGCGCGGUGCAGGGAUUCACUCUCCAGCAGGAGGAGUAUGGCAAGCGCCUCAAGAACGGUCCCAUCGCCCUUGGCAACUUGUACAAGAAGUUCGACGUCGACAUGCCCGAUGAUGUCUACGACGCUUUCGAUGUUGCAACUCAGUCGCAGCCUCCCAAUGAGCUGAACAAGAGAGCCGCCGCCGCCACCUCAUCCGUGAAGACGUCGACCUUGAGCUCCUCGGUGAAGCCCACCUCGAGCUCCAUCGCAACCACGUCCUCUAAAGUCUCGAGCACCACCGUCGCCAUUGCCACCAAGCCCAAGCCCACUGGAGGAUCUGCCACCGCUACCCCAGUCAACCAGUUCGACACUGCCUACAUGAUCGCCAUCAAGGUCGGCGGCAACACCGUCUACGUUGACCUCGACACCGGCUCUUCGGACCUCUGGGUCUUCUCCAACCAGCAGCCCAGCGCCCAAACGCAGAAGCACAACAUCUACUCUCCCUCUCCGAGCAAGCUCAUGCAGGGCUACUCCUGGAACGUCACCUACCUCGACGGCAGCACCGCCGCCGGCAACGUCUACAACGACACCGUCACCCUCGGCAACAUGAACUUCACCGGCCAGGCCGUCGAGGCCGCCCAGUACGCCUCCGACGCCUUCGUCGCUGCUUCCUACGACGGCAUGCUCGGCCUCGCCUUCGACUCGCUCAACACCGUCAAGCCCAAGCAGCAGCGCACCCUCUUCAACAGCAUCGCCAGCCAGCUCCCCAAGCCCCUUUUCACCUCCCUCCUCAAGCACAACGCUCCGGGCUCCUACGAUUUUGGCUAUGUGGAUACGACCAAGUACACGGGCGCCAUCACCUAUGCCAACGUCAGCACCGCCAACGGCUGGUGGCAGUUCACUUCGCAGGGCUACAGCGUUGGCAGCGGCGCCGCCGUCUCGCAGGCUGUUAGCGCCGUCGUCGACACCGGCACUACCCUCAUGGUCAUGCCCUCCAACAUUGUCAACGCCUACUACGCCAAGGUCGCUGGUGCCGGCUACUCUUCUGCCUACGGUGCCUGGGUCUACCCUUGCGCCUCGUCGAUGCCCAACUUCAACCUGAUUGUCAACGGCGCCGCCCAGACCAUCCCCGGCAACCUGAUGACCUACGGCCCCAUCGACUACAACGGCAACUGCUACGGCGGCCUCCAGGCCAACGACAACAUCGGCGUCGCCAUCCUUGGCACCAUCUUCAUCAAGAGCCAGUAUGUCAUCUACGACCAGAGCACCAACCCGCCCCGCGUCGGCUUCGCCAAGCAGGCCGGCCUCAGCUAUAACUAA